CCCCUCCAAAUACCUUUAUAUAUCCCAAACAUUCCCCAAAUGAUUUCUUAUGAAUCUAUAAAUAACCCCCCUUAUUCACUAAAUAUCCAUUUCGGCAGCUAGCUAAUUCACGAAAUACUAUGUAAUACGUAGUGUGAUUUGAUUUGCAUGAUCAUAUACGUAGUAUACAGCUAAACAAAUAAACAAUAGUCAAGCUACUAAUAAUCAUAUCACAUGGAUUCCAACCAUGCAUUAUUCCAAGAAGAACCCAAAAGUGCCAAUAAUAUUAAUAAUGGUGAUGACAUGGAGCAGCAACAAGAGAAGAAGAAGAAGAAGAUGGCCGCCGGCGCCGGUGGGUUUCACUACGCGAAACGGGCGCCAUGGCUCCGAGCAGCGGUUCUUGGUGCCAACGACGGUUUAGUUUCGACGGCGUCGCUGAUGAUGGGUGUCGGAGCCGUAAAGCAAGACAUUAAAGCCAUGAUUCUUACAGGCUUCGCCGGCAUGGUUGCCGGAGCAUGUUCCAUGGCCAUCGGAGAGUUUGUCUCCGUCUACUCCCAGCGCGACAUGGAAGUUGCUCAACUGAAUAGAAACAAGAACACAAAGCCGGAGGAGGAAGAACAAGGGAACGGUGGUGAGGAUAAGGAUCAUGACGGCGUCGUUUUGGCAAAUCCCGUGCAAGCGGCGGCGGCGUCGGUGGUGGCUUUCGUGGCGGGAGCCAUGGUGCCGUUGCUGGCGGCGUCGUUCAUAACGGGUUACAAGGUGAGGGUGGGUGUGGUGGUUGCGGCGGUCACGGCGGCGCUGGUGGGUUUUGGGUGGCUGGGGGCGGCUUUGGGCGGUGCGCCCAGGGUGAAAGCCGCCGCUAGGGUUUUGCUCGGCGGGUGGCUGGCCAUGGCUAUCACAUCCGGAUUAACAAAGUUGAUCGGUUUUAAAGGUGAAUAACAAUACUGGUAAUUAAUACGGUUUGAGAUUUACAAGUAUUAAUUGGGCGCACUUUGCAUGUUUUCUCGAAUCAUAUCCUGGACGGAACGCAACGGUUGCUUCACUUGAGUUGCUACCUUACCCGAUGGGACCUAGCUAACAGGGUGGAGACAGGGGUUGGAGGUGGCCACGGCCCCUGCAAGAAAAAAAAUCUUAAGUAUAUAUUAUGUAUAAAUACUUUUAAUCUGUAGAAAGUAUGUUGAUAUUUUAUACUUUGGUCCCUGCAAUGUAAAAUUGUUAAAGACCAGCCCCUUUAACCCUAAAUGUCUAGCUCCGCCACUACUAGCUAGCUAGAUCAACAUUAUUAAUUUCCUCUAAAAUGUGAUUUACUCACAUUUUUUGGGUUUAAUAAUGAUACUCCCACCCGUGCAAAUAGAAGUAUACACUCCGUAUAUCACUAUAAUCCUCUAUACCUACUAGUUGUGCCUUUCAUUUUAUUUAUGAAUAGUGACACUUCUACGUUUAUUAAAGUGAGUGUUACGGUACCCAUAAAAAAAGUAGCCGUAUUUUAUCUAUUAUGCAUAUAUUUAAUUGAUGCAUCAUGCAAG